GAAACCUGAAAAGGGGAUCCAGUACCUGAUCGAGAGGGGCUUCCUGUCAGACACCCCAGUGGGGGUGGCCCACUUCAUCCUGGAGAGGAAGGGGCUGAGCCGGCAGAUGAUUGGCGAGUUCCUCGGCAAUCGCCAGAAACAGUUCAACCGCGACGUUCUCGACUGCGUGGUGGACGAGAUGGAUUUCUCUGGGAUGGAGCUGGACGAGGCCCUGCGUAAGUUCCAGUCCCACAUCCGGGUGCAGGGGGAGGCCCAGAAAGUCGAGCGCCUGAUCGAGGCCUUCAGCCAGCGCUACUGCGUGUGUAACGCGGCCCUGCUGCGCCAGUUCCGCAACCCGGACACCAUCUUCAUCCUGGCCUUCGCCAUCAUCCUCCUCAACACCGACAUGUACAGCCCCAGCGUGAAGGCGGAGCGCAAGAUGAAGCUGGAGGACUUCAUCAAGAACCUCCGAGGGGUGGACAACGGGGAGGACAUCCCGCGGGACAUGCUGGUGGGCAUCUACCAGCGGAUCCAGAGCCGGGAGCUGCGCACCAACGAUGACCACGUCUCCCAGGUUCAGGCCGUCGAGCGGAUGAUCGUCGGCAAGAAGCCG